AUGGGGCAUUGUUCGGUUAGUCCAUUCCAUUUCAUAGCAUUUGCAUGUCUUUGGCGUUCGCUCCAAGCGUUUCGCCCUCAAGCCGACAGUGCUCUACAACUAGCCAUACAGAAUGCGGAACCUUGCGGUGGUCGUAGAUGUGCCGGCAGCCACUCCGCCUUCGGUGAAUUCAUCCUGAGAGCUCCGCCAAGCUACACGCUUCCAGUGGGCGCUCGACAUUUUGUCGUGGGCGACGCUUGCGAAGAUGAGAACCUGGAUGCUGCCCCGUCGGUGGAUGUGGUGGAAUGGCUGGAUCCGGUCGACCCAGUGAACAACUCGACGAUUCACGUUUUUCUGGAGCCCUUGCAGGCAGAACGGCUGCACUCCGCCUCGCCCGCGAUUUGUGUCCGAUCCGUUCAAACAGGUGCAAGUUGUGUGUGCCACUUGCAGCCGCCUGCAGCUGCCUGGGGCCCCUUCGCGUUGCUGCGGCGACGGUUGGUGAGACAGGAGCGGCUGGAUGCGAUGCUCUUGGACCUCCAGAUCUCCUGUCCAGCAGGUCUUUUGGAUGGGAUGCUGUCGCUCGUGGUUCUUGUUCUCUUGCUCUUGGCCCUUUGUGUCAUCCACGCCCUCUACCAGAUGAAGCAGGGCAGGUUAGCAGAGACACAGGCCUCGGAAGCAGGCAGCAUGGAUGCGGUGAUCAUCCCAGAUCCUGCUACGGAUUUGAAGAACGGGGCAAUGCAGGCUUUCAGGUUAGUAACGCUGAUGAUCUCUCUGCAGACCGUCGUGCUGGAGCAGGUGAAGAAGGAAGCUGGGACGAAGCUGGUCUUCUUCGUGCUUCUGUGGCCUUGCAUCUUUGGCGUGGCCGGUCUCCUCCGAGUUUUCCAUAGCCUCUGCCAGCUGCAGCUGGCCCAUGUAGCCCUCCAACAUGGCAUUUGCCUUACCAGGCCAGCGAGUGCUGCCAGAAACGACCUUUUCACUGCCGCCGGCACGGGCGUUUUAGCCGUCUGUGUUGUUGCCGCAUUGGCUCACGUCCACUUUUGGGUGCUGCUGGCGUUGGUGAUGGGUCUCUUUGCGGGGCCUACGCUCAGCAUCCUCGGUGAGCUCCAGAAGGUUCGCAGCCAGGAAGCCGCCCUGCGACGAACCGAAGGCAGGCAUCGCUUGGAGGCGUUGCAGGAGCUGUUUCAAGCGGCUCCGAAGCCCGGUCUGGUGAAGGCCAGUUGCGCCGAGAGGCGGCUUGUGCAAGGAGAAUUGCGAAUGGUUCCGUUCAGCGUGAUGAUCUCUGCAGGUCGUUCUUUGGGCGCCGCCGAGCUAGUCAAGACGUUGCAAGCAGCGGGUGGCACACAGCAGGAGUCCCCCCGCUUCAGUUUCCUGCGGGACGUCUUUUGGUACAGCCGCGCGCUGCGCAGCAUGGCCGGAUCCUUCGUCGGCUUCGUCAUCAUGCCGACUUUCCUGAUCAUGGUGGCCCUCUUGCUCUUCUCGUCCUCUUUGCAAUCGAUCUUCUACCUCUGCAGCGUGCCGCAACUCAGCCAUCUGAGCCUUGCAUCGGGCCAGCUGCACUUCCACCCGUGGGUGCAGAAGUAUUCGGUGAGCUUGGACCAGAGUUUUAAGGAAGCCUUUGUGGUCGCCAGUGCGGAGGAGUCUUCAACGAAGGCCUUGCGUAUCGAUGAGCAGCUCACCAACCAAAGCGUAACGACAGAGCCCGUGCAGCUCAUGGUGCCCUUGCCACGUGUCACUCAGGUGGAAGUGGAAGGCUUACACAGCUCCAAGACCUAUGACAUUGCUUUCUCUCCUGUUGGCACUUUGCCCCACACCGUCACCAUCCGGGCCGGUAACUUUCUGCGUGAGGUGCCCUGGGGAGCAAUCCCAGGAUCGGUGAUCAGCCUGCCAGAACUUCCAGAAGGUGCGCCUUCCCAGUCCUUGAGCAUCGAUGUCACCCUCACCGACUACCAGGUGAGCAUCCCAAAGGCGUGUGAGACCUCCUGCGCCUCAGCAACCUUCACGAAGUUCUGCGCGAUCAGUGCAUGUAAAGAUGCAAACCAGUCAUGCGCAGGCGCCUGCGAUGAGCAUUGCCGCCACGAUCCCCAUUGUCUGCAAUCCAUGCAUGGCAACACCGGCUGCUAUUUGGCGAUCCGGCCGCCUGACGCAUGCACCGGCGGUGGCAGCGCAGAGCACUUCCUGGAUCGCUCGGUGAGUGGGCGGCUGUGCCAAGUGAAGGGCCAGGGCUUUGAAUGUCGCCGUGCAGAAGCCACAGGUCGGUGGGUCCUGAAGUUCCCAGAGGUGCAGCCAGACUGGAUUGACAAGUUUGCAGAGUUGCGCCUGAGCCUUGCGCUAGCAGUCGGCGAGCAGCAGCUGGACAGUGAUUUCGAAUCUCUUCGUUUGAAGCUUGGCCCGCCACAGCUGCUGGACGUGCUCGUGAACGUCAGCACCGAGGUGAACGGAACGCGAAGGUGGUUGAGUGCGACUGGCAAAGUCACUACUGCCGGGGACGUCGAAGUCAUGUUAUGGCCAUACAGGCCCCCCGACAUCGACCGCCUGACGCUGCACAUUGCUCCGCUACUGGCUGACUCGAAGUUCGACACCUCCUGGGAGUUGGCACCGCGAGCGCAGAUUUCGAACGAAAGCAUCCGCUUUGCGAAAUGCCAGCUGAGCCCUUUUUUGGAGGCUCGAUUUCAGCUCUGCGGCAGGGCAAAACAUGGCUGGACAGCGACAGUGGCCAGCAUUCCGUUGGACGUUUGGCGGCCGGAGCUCACGUCUUUGACCUUCAGCAUCGUGCCCAAGUCCCAGGAUUCCGAGACUGCUAGCUGGCAACGUGGUGACCGCAGAAUUCAGAUCUUGCUUAGAGGUGCUGUGGAGGCUGCACAAUGGGCGUUGCCUGAUCUCAGCUCCAGAGACCCGUGUCGCCUUCUUGGGACUUCGUCUGACUACGAAGAGCUGAAGUAUUCCACCACCGCGCUUUGCAGCUACAUCCGACACAACUGCCUGACAUUGACGAGGGAGGCGGAUGCUCAGCCUGUAGCCUUGACAAAAGUUCUCUCUGAUGCUGGGAGAGUUUCAGCCCCAGUUGUCGCUGGUUCGUGGAGCCGUGUAUCCCAGUGGUUGGCCUGCGCCCACGAAGUUCCAAAACCACCCCGCUGGGCAGCUGCAGAAAUGUGGGAGCCGUGCUCACGCGGGAAAGGGCUAGAGGCAGACGGGAUGUGUCCCUCUGAAGAACAAUUAGAUCAAUUAGCUUCUUUGGGUAUGACGUCUAGGUAUACUGAUACAUACCGGGUGAGGGACUUUGUCCUUCAAAUGUCUCGUGGGGUACUCGGAGCGUUUCAGAUGCUAAAACAAUCCUGCCAUGCUCUGCUGCAAAGAGGGCGUUUCAGUCAAGAAGAUCAGCUGCAACUAGCAGCUGCUGCCUUGAGCACGGAGAAGGCAUCUGUGGUGGGUGCAUGCCUCACGCAUUGCAGCAAUGUUUCGCACUGGCACCCUCGUCUCCAGCAGCAGCUCGUCCAAAAGACGUGGAACACCAAUUCUGCCGAAGCAAUCAUCAGAGUUUUAGUUGGAUCUGCUGAAAUGGGCAAGGAAGUCGUUACAAACAUCGUGGCUCGUUCUUGUGCAGAAUGUCUGGGCGUGCUUCGGCUUGCCGUAAGCAGCCGCACUCGGCCAUGGGUUGGUUGGAGGUCUGUGGCGACACUGGAGGCAGGGUCCGCUCGGACAUCGGCUGAAAUUGUGGCAGAUGUCUUGGAGCUGCCAUGGAUUCUUUGGAAUGCGAGUGCCCUAUGCCUAAAAGACUUUGGAAGCAGAAAAAAGGGAAGUGUGAUUAUUACCGAGCUAGGUUGCAGCAGCAUGAUGAGAUCUCUCACCUCCGCUGGACAGAACCUCACGGAGCUCGAAAUCUCACCCUGGUCGUGGAGUUGGGCCGAUAGCAGUCCGGCCGCCUUCGCAGAACUGGGGCCGAUGUCACGGCUGGAGAAGCUGAGAUGGCUUAGUGAGACCGCUUCCGAUGACCUGGCAGCUGCACUGAUCAUGAAUCUGUCGGGACGCUUCCCCUCUCUGCAAGAGUUGGAGGUGACGUACACGAUUGCUAGCCGAGCUAAGGACGCCCUGGCAGAAGGCAUGGAGAAAGCACUCAACACGUCAUCACUCAGGGUCUUGCACCUCACAUGCCACGGACCAGCUGCUGCAAUGGCAGCGGCCGUAGGCCAGAUAUCUCCGCAGCUGGAGGAGCUGAGGCUCGAGGGGAGGGAUGGCGUGAGGGCCUUCAUCGCCGCUUUUCCGCACCAGGGCACCUGCCGCCUGAAGAAGCUGAAUGUCUUUGCGCUGGGGAAGGCAAGUUUUGAGCUUGCCGUUUCUCUGGCAAAGGCACUCCGGAGAUGCCAUGACCUUCAGGAGGUCCAAUUGGACCUUCCUCUCAAAGCCACCCGUGAGAACACAGAUGCCAUCAAGCAGAUGAAAAGUGCUUCUUGGCCAAAGCUCACCAGCUUCGAACCCUUCAUCCUCAGUUCCAACACGCAGCGCUGGCGGCGCUGGCUCGCAAGGCACCCUUCACAUGUUUUGGAUUCAGCGGGGAAGAAGUUGAGCAAGAUGAAGGUACGGAAGUCAAGAUACAGUGCAGAAGCUCUAUGA